GAAAAGCCCAGGAGUGUUGGGCAAUCGUGGUUUCCUCCCAGCCCGCAGGACCCAGCCGUGCCAGCCCAGCCCCGGGCGUCUUGGGGCCUCGUCCGCUCAGGCAUGGAGGAGACAGUGGUGAGGCCCUCGGUGUUCAUGGUGGAUGGACAGACGGACAUCCCUUUCACAAGGCUGGGGCACAGACGCAGGAGACAGGCCUGCAGUGCAGCCCGGCUGGGCCUGGGCCUCCUGCUGCUGCUGUUGACGACCGGAAUGGCUGUCCAGGGCUGGUUCCUGCUGCAGCUACACUGGCGCCUGGAGGUGAUGGCCGCCCCCCUGCAGGACAGAGGUGCAGGAUCCUGGGAUCAGCUGGUGCAAGAUCGGAGGCCCCAGCGGGCCAACCCGACAGCACACCUCACAGGGGCCAACUCCAGCCUGACAGGCAGUGGGGGCCCGCUGCUGUGGGAGACGAAACUGGGCCUGGCCUUCCUGAGGGGCCUCACCUACCGGGACGGUGCCCUGGUCAUCGCCCAGGCCGGCUACUAUUACAUCUACUCCAAGGUGCAGCUGGGCGGUGUGGGCUGCCCCCAGAGGCUGACCGGCGGCCUGCCCAUCACCCACGGCCUCUACAAGCGCACGGCCCGCUACCCCGAGGAGCUGGAGCUGCUGGUCAGCCGGCGGUCACCCUGUGGGCGAGCAGGCAGCCCCCGGGUCUGGUGGGACAGCAGCUUCCUGGGCGGAGUGGUCCACCUGGAUGCCGGAGAGGAGGUGGUGGUGCGCGUGCCCGAUGAGAGCCUGGUCCGAGUCCGCGAUGGUACGCGGUCCUACUUCGGGGCGUUCAUGGUGUGAAGGAAGGAGCCAGGGUAGACUGAACGGAGUCCGACAGACAGAGACCUCAGAGGGUGCCUCGGGAGACAGGAAAACCAGCAAGCAGAGAUUUUGAAGUGUGCCCAGAAGAACCCCAAACUCGACAGGUGGAGAGCUAAUUGGGGACCACCGGGACCAAGAACCGUUAUCCCACAAGGUGAAAGACCCAGCAGGCACCUCUGAAGAACCAGAGGAGACUGCAGACCCUGCCAUGGACAACACUGAAGACACAGACCUGGAGACUUGGGGGUCUGUUAGCCCCAAGCAGGGGUAAAGCUGAUCUGCCUGAUAUUCAGGAAAAAGGGGUGAGGGGUGGGUAUUUAUACUUCUGAUUCAGAACUAAGUGGGACUUGGGGGUCCGGGGAGUUGACUGAGAACAGGAAACGUCUUAUCACCCUCUCCAUUCUCACAAGUGUGGGCAGAGUGGGGGAGGGCAGAUUUAUCACUAGGACUCACCCACCAGUGGAGAGCCCCGCCCAGCCCCACCCAUGGUCUUAGUCACCUACCCAAGUCCCACCUACGGGCUUGUGGCCACACCACAGCCUGGCCAUGAAGUUACACUCAGAGAUGCAGGCAUAGGGAUGUGCUGGUAGAUGUUUGACAACCAGGUUUUCUGGGAGGGGAGAGGCUUUGUAGUAUCUGUCGAUUUCCAUGGUGUAAAUAUUCCCACUGUGGCUGGUCUCUGUCUCCCAUAUAAAUCAUCAACCAGU